UGCCACCGCGCGCGAUUCCCGCAUUUUCCUUCCCUCGCGCACGAGAGACCUCCGAAAAUCUCGUUUUCCCCUCCCCCCCUUUUUUUUCGCGCACUUUAAUCGCUCCCGCCUCCUCGCGCGCGCCUUCACAUUCACACACGCCUUACCGUCCAAAUCAACCGUUAAUUCCCUCGCGUCGUCGACCAAUCGCAGCCGUCGAUGCAAACCGCUAAAUUACGACGCCAAAUUAACGCUCGCUCUCGUUAUCUAUAGAUUCAUCGAUCUAUCUGUAUCAAUAGUCCAGCCGUUUUAAUCGCGCGCCGCUUCGUUCUCUCUUUCUCUCUCUUCCUCUUUCUACACCUUGGCCCUUUAAAGCCGCGCUUCGCGCGUUCAUCUCGCCCCAAAUCGGCAUGUCUAGUGUCGAGAAAGUACGCCGUUUGCUACAAACGAACCUACGUAGUUUCCAAAUACCCGAGUAUCUCCUUUGUUUCGAAUUCGUUAGAACGUCGCGAUUCAAGCACGAUAUGGGACGCGCGCUGAUCCCAAUUCAAUCGCCGAACUCGCUCAAACUUAAUUUCACCAUAUAUUCAAACGAUAAGAUUUGUCCCGUUCGGAUCGCGUUUCUCGCACCUUAGAGCGAAACGGAUGGAUAGUCGGACGAGCGGAGGAAAAAGGACGUCAAGUGCAUGGAGUACAGUUAGUACAGAGGGAGUGCAGCUGGAACACAAACGGAGACCUGUGUGCGGGUUUCGGGUCGCGUGUUUACAUCGUGAAGUUAUCGCGGAGAUGGUGUGUUAUCGACGGGACGGAUGGACGGACGGACGGACGGAUCGCCGCGAUACAGCGGCGGCCAUUUGCAUUUCUCGCGGGGACGGACGAUAGGUCGGUAGGUUCUUCGAAUGUUCCGAAUGGAGAGCGGCGGCGUACCGUCUCGAGUGGCGUGGAGCGCGUCCUAGCGUACUCGACGAGCGUACCCGGGUCGUCGUGCUCGCUCGUGAAGAUGGCGAGGGCGGGCGGCGACGUCUCGAGGACCGUGUGCGCGAAUACAGUUCAGCAGAACGACAGGAGGCUGCGUGAGGCGCGAAUUAAGAAUCAGACGAAGGGCCGAAUUAGACAGGACCUAAACAAGUUGUUCGGCAAGAUCAACCAGGCCGUGGAAGCGAGCACGCUGAAAUCGUCGGAUAAGUCGAGCCCUCCGUACAACAAGAGCGUGUCGAAGUGCUGGUAUGGCCCGGUUCUGGGAUUUCCACCUGGCUCCUGGUGGGGCAUACGCAUGGACUGUUCGAGAGACGGGAUGCAUGAACCGUUCGAUGCCGAUGUACACGAGGGACCGUUUGGCGUUAUCUCUUUGUGCACCUCGCACACCAAUGUCAACGAGGAUGUGGAUCAUGGCGACUAUCUGACGCUCACGGGCCAGGUGUAUCGUGAGGGACAGACCAGCGAAGAUCCGUUCAUUCGCAACUACAAGAAUCAGAUACCGUUAAGAUUAAUACGAAGUUACAAUCUGCAAGAUAAUAUUGCACCUAACACGGGGUAUAGAUAUGAUGGACUGUACGUGGUGAUAGGCUGUUGGAUCGGCAUGGCGCCGGAUGGAACCAGGUACAACAAGUUCGCCCUGGCGCGUCUCACCGAUCAAGGGUCGCCUAGGUGGACUUGUGGCAGAGGCUCAGAAGAGCUGUCUUCCAUGCGACGUUUCAUCCCGCCGUCGACGAAAUUGUUGGGCCACCAUCCAAACACAUACGACCUGAGAAAAUGCUCGAACAGUGGCGUUACUUGCCGGAAGCGGAAGCUUAGUCACGGGCACAGCUGCGAGAAUCUGGCGGUCGUGAAAACGAUACCGACAGUUGACACCAGCCGGCGAUCCGCGCCCGAAAGUUCUAUCGUCACGCGUCACGUCUUCAACAAACAGCCGAGUAACGCGGAGAGCGCAAUCUCGACUUCCGUACCUGAUAAUCAAAGGAUGUUGCUGUGCCUUGGUGCAUCGACCACUAAAACCCACAGUACAAACAUCUCGAUACGCAUGGGCCUGUACGAAUCGUCUCAUAACGCGCAGGACGCGAAAAAGAGCGUCUUGACAAUGCUGCAGAAGCCCGCCAAGCCGCUCGACCUCACCAUUCGUAUGGCACUGGACGCGGAGGGUAGUCGCUUGACACCUAGAGAGGACAGUAGGCCAGAUAUUGAGGUCAGGGCGCGUGUUAAUUCUCAACCGAGUGAAAAUUUAUCUUACAACGGACAUAUCGUGACCGAUACGAAUGCAAACGCUUCCUCGUCGGAUAAUCGUAGGGAAAACGUGUCGUCGGAGAUUGUACACUCAUCAGAACAUUUGUACCCCGUGUUCUCGUCAUUAAAUGGCCUCACGAAUGAUGCGUGCACGAUCGAGCGUAAGGAAUCACCUCAAUGUGCUCAACAACGUCAACACCUACAAAAGCAGUCGAAUAUCGAUAGCGAGUCGGUUACACAGAAAUCGAAUCCCAGUAACGAAGAAUCGUCGAGGAAUUUGGUCGCGACGCACGAAAGAAUCUCGGAAUUCCCCGAUGCACCAGGCGCUGCGUCACCCGUGAUCGCGCAAAACAUCAAAUCCCUAGACUCCCUGACGCCGGACAAGAUUUUGAAUUUGAUCAACAAGGAGAUACACCAUCCGCUGUCCAAGUUACUGAUCGGAAACGUGAUCGGGCUGACCACCGAGGAAUGCGCGAUGUGGAAUGCGGCGAAGAGAGAAACGGCUCCGGAACCUAAGAGAGACAAAAGGCACGUGUCGACGACGGGGGCAAAUCUUAGGAAGAGACGCAAGGGAGCGGACAAUAUAAAAGAAAACGUCGCGUGUUUGGACAACAGAAGAUACUGUAAAUAUUCCAAGUCUGAAAGAUUAUUUUGGAAGGUAGGGAAGCAAGCGGAUGGAGAAAAAUUCGACAAGUUGCUGCCCGCGAUGGAUCGCGAAUCCUGCAACAAUGUGAACAAGAAACGUAAUGAUAACGUUAGGAGAAGCGAUCGAAAUGGCGUGUCGAAGGAGAACAAUGAGUACUUAUCACCGUUUCAUGUACGGACUUCGCUUCGAAUUAUCGCGCAACACACUCGCAGCUCGUAUGACAUAAAGACCCGUUUAAGAACUGAUAAAGGCGCGGUAUUGGCGAAAUCGGAGUUUCCUAACUCGUCGAUCAAGAAGAGCAAAUACAAGAAACGAGAUAGGGAAAUCGCCAACUUGUCGAUAGACGCCAAUUUCGGUCCCGUGACGCGCGGUCCCAGGAACAGGAGAUUGCGAUGCAAAACCAAUGCAUAUGCGAGAUGUUGCAGUACCUUUAAUACCGUAAUAUAUUCGCCCAAUAAGCGAUGCAAGCCUAGUUUCGAACGGAAGAACAAGCUGACUAAUAUCGCUCGUCAACGUGCCGGGGAAAGACAAACUAAGGAUAAGUAUAAGAUGACCAAUAUCGUACAUACAAAGGACAUUAACAGUUCGAUAGGGAACCAAAAAAAUCUCAAAAGUAAUCCUAAUAAUAAUAAUAGUAAUAAUAAUAAUAAUAAUAAUAAUAAUAAUAAUAAUAAUAAUAAUAAUAAUAAUGAAAAUCGCAACAAUCAUAACAAUAACAACGCCAGCAAAAAGAAGGAUAAUGAAACCGUACCGGCUGAUCACAAUGUCACCAAGACUUCAUUCGACCGAAGUCUUCGAAAAAAGCUGACACGGACGAUUCCCUUAUCACAUCGUGCCGCUCAAACGUCGCGGUUACAUUGCUUUCGCAAGAAAACAAAUGAAAAACCCAGCACGAUGGACGCGACGACGCAAUGCAGGCUCGUCUCUGAUAAUUCGGAAGUUUAUGUUAUCGGUCAAUUAAAUGAUCAAAAAGCCAUCUUGAAGAUGGAGUGGGAUAAAUUGGAGAAACUGAAAGAAUCCACGUUGACCGUGUCCGAUCGAGGAACCCAGAUCCAUCAAAUGUCGCGAACGUGCGUUUCCACGUUAACGGAAGAUAACACGAGUCGUAAAAGUGAUGAAGAAUAUACGGAUUUCUUCCUACACGAUAGGGCGUCGGCCUUCGUGCCAGUAAAUGCGUUCAAUAGCGAUCUGCGGAUCGCGCGGCUCAGAUCGAUUGGUUUUAAGCCCAUAACUAAUCCGCGAUCUCCGCUGGUCGACCAAGACUUUGACAUGAUUCAGAAUACUCUUAUGACUACGAGCAAAGUGACGAAACGCGACGUUGCUGAGGAGUAUUAUAAAUAUGCGAAUAACGAGGAUAACAACACGGUCGGUUACAUGGACGAUGAAUUGCAGUAUCAAGAUAUCGAAGAGGAAGAAGAGGAGGAGGAAGAAGAUAAAAAACAGUUAGCUUCGACUGCGUCAACUAUAUUAAGAAUACAAUCUAAAACCGGUAACGUAUUUCCGGAAACGUUACCCUCACGUGAAAAUUUGGAAUCUCCUUGGCACGGUUGGAAGAAAAUUGUGACAAAUAAUCAAUCAUAUUGGAUCGGCUGGUAGUCGAUGGUAGCAUAAUAGGAUAGUGAUAAAUUUAAACAAAGGCAGUAGGAUAGCAAGGGUUGAGAGAAAUGAGUGAGGAAAGGGGGCUAUUCCGGGCGGAUGCAAUCUUCCCUUACUGCGCUACCGAAUAAGGGUGCUUUUUCGCUGUUGCGAUCAGAAAAAUAAACCGUUUUAUUCAAACAUGUACAAUAUUAUAUCUUUAUUUUUUUGCCAAAAAGUAAAAGGCUGUUAAUAACAUUCUAAAUUAUUCUUCUAACAAUAAUAAUACGGUAUUCGAGUUGACUAAACAUAUUUUUUAAGAAAGAAAGCAUCGAUUAUGUAUAAUUAAAAUUUCUUAUAUAUAUUAUAUAUAUAUACAUAUAAAUUAUUCUAUAUAUAUAUAUAUGUAUAUUUUCUAUAUGUGAGGUAUUAUUAACAGAUGUUUUAAUUGUAAAUAAAUAAUGUUCUAUUCAUGUA